AUGACCACCCGAAAUAAAGAAAUUGCUGCACAAGCCAAUCCGCAUGAAGUUGUUGGGCACACCGAUUCACAGGCUCUUGUCUAUGAACUCCGGAUUAUGGAUGAUGAUGAGAGUUGGGAGCUCUUUCUCAAGAAGACUUUUGGAGCGAGAGAUAGAGGCUUAUUGUAUGAACUGAUCCACAGAAGCAUGGUUCAGGUGGCUCGAAAGAAGGCAAAUGGAAGAGUGAUGUCUUGUCGCAUACAUGAUCUCCUUCGGGACCUUGCUAUUUCAGAGGCCCCAGAGAUGCAAAACUUUUUGAGGGGAUGGUUGACUCCGUAUUUGAAGAAGGGGUUUUUCGAUUCUAUUGCUGAAUUGACAACUCUUCGGACCUUGUUUUUGGGGGAUUUGAAGGCUUACAAGAAAAAGACGUUAUUAAAUCGGGUUGGAUUGAAGUGGCAGGAGAAUGUUGUUGAAGAGAAAACAUUGAUACCAGGACUCAUGUCUUUCUCACGCCACACCUAUCUCUAUAAAGUGUUCCUACAUGGAAAGUUGGACAAGUUACCAGAGCAAACUGAAUUCUACCCUCCCAACCUCCUCAAACUCACUUUGAGCAAAUGUGAGCUAGAGGAUGACCCAAUGUUGAUUCUAGCGAAGCUCCCAACCUUGAGAAUUCUUGGAUUAUAUAGGGGCUCAUAUGUUGGAAAGAAAAUGGUUUGUCCCUGUGGAGGAUUUCUUCAACUCGAAAGCCUAGAACUGGAUAGUUUAAAUGAAUUAGAAGAAUUGACAGUUGAGGAAGGAGCAAUGUGUAAUCUGAGGACUCUACAGAUUUCGUUUUGUACUAAAAUGAAAAAACUUCCUCGUGGAUUGUUGCAGAUGAAAAAACUUGAGAAAUUGGAGCUGAGAACAAGAAGCAAAGAAUUAAUUGAAGAGGUCCAGCAAACAGAGGAAGAAGCAUGGGAUAGAAUUCGUCUCAUCACAUCCAUAAACAAGUGGGAUUAA